UUAACUGUUAAAUAUUAUUUUGUGUCUGAAUUUGUCUAGCUCCAAUUUCCAGCUAUUGGAUCAUGUUAUACCUUUCUCCGCUAGAUUGAAGAGCCCAUUAUCAAAGUGUUGUUCCCCAUGUAGGUACUUGUAGACUGUAAUCAAGUCAUCUCUUAACCCUCUCUUUGUUAAGCUAAAUAGAUUAAGCUCCUGGAGUCUAUAACUAUAAAGGCAUGUUUUCCAAUCCUUUAAUCAUUCUCAUGGCUCUUCUCUGAACCCUCUCUAGUUUAUCAGCAUAAUUCUUGAACUGGAACAUCCAAACUGGACACAGUAUUCCAGCAGUGAUCACACCAGUACCAAAUACAGAGAUAAAAUAACCUCUCUACUCCUACUUGAGAAGAUUUUCUGUUUAUGCUUCCAAGGAUCACAUUAGCCUUUCAGCCACAGCAUCAGACAGAAAGCUAAUGUUCAGCUAAUUGCCCACCACAACCACUGUUCCCUCUAAGGUGGCCUCCCAAGAGUCAAUCAAGGGCCAUGCACAUCUGCUCGUGCCCUCUGCCUUGGAGCCCCUGGCCAGCUGUUCCCUGGACGGGGCCCUCCUGCUUGCUGUGCAGGGCGGAAGGGGGUGCUGAUGUCAGGGUGUCCCCCUUCCUCCCCACCAAUGUACCCCAUCUCCACAGAGCUGGAGAGGGGGACAGGGCUUAGGAGUAGGACAGAACUGCUUAUGGCUGCUGCAGUCUGAAUGAGCCUUCAGAAUGCCUCUCUGCUUAAAGAGACAGCGCAUGGUCUCUCAUACACUUCCCCAGCAGAUAGCACACACACGCUCUGUCUUUGUCUCACACACAUACACACACACUGUCUCUCUCUCAUACACACACACAGUCUCUGUCUCACACACAAAUACACACACUGUCUCUGUCUCACACAGACAUGCACGCACGCACACAGUCUCUCUCUCUCUCUCUCUCUCACAAACACACACACACUCUGUCUCUUUCACACUCACCUCCCAAUGCAUUUCAUAAUUUUAUUUCUCUCUUAUGCUUACAUUUAAUUCUUCGAGUAGUGAGUUCUAAAAUGCCUAACUUGUCCUGGCUGGAGUAAUUAUCCCUAUGGUAACUUUUAAAAAAUAUAUAUUAAAUCUAAGGUUUUUGUUUCCACUGGUGAUGCACAUUUGCACAUCACAUCGAUAUUGGUGUACAACAAAAUUAAUUCUGCACAUGGAUGGAAAAAAUUAGAGGGAACAUUGACUACAACCCUCAAUCUUUUUCAGAGUAACUGCUUCCCAGGAUUGAGUCUCCCAUCCUGUAGGCAUGGCCUACAUUCUUUGUUCCUAGAUGGAUAAAUUUACCCGAAUUUAAAUGCAUAUUGCUUGUUUUCUCCCUAUAUACCAAGCGAUCCAGAUUGCUCUGUAUCAGUGACCUGUCCUCUUCAUUAUUUACCACUCCGUCAACUCUGAUGUCAUCUGCAAACUUUAUCAGUGAUGACUUUAUGUUUUCUUCCAGGUCACUGAUCAAAAUGUUAAAUGGCAUAGGGCCAGGGGUGAAAGUAACACAGAAGACUUACUGGUACGGGGACCCGGCUCCGGGCCCCCAGAAGGGGCGCGGCCUAGGGAAGAAGGGCAGGUGGAAGGGUCCCUACCAGCAGGGCCGCUGACGGAGGGGGCAAAAAGGGGCAGCGACGUUAAAGCGCUGCCGCAGCAGUACUUUAAGGAGGGUCCUUAAAGCACUGCCAUGGCAGCGCUUUAACGUUGGCUGCGUAUGGGCCGGUACUGGUGACCACUUCUCACCAGUACUCCAUACCAGCCUAUACAGCCCACUUUCACCCCUGCAUAGGGCCAAGAGCCUAUCCCUCUGGUACCCCACUAGAAAUUCACCUGCUCGAGGGGAUGGGUGCCUGUUUACAAUUACUUUUUGAGACCUAUCAGUUAGCAAACUUUUAAUCCAUUUAAUGUGAAUCAUAUUAAUUUUAUAUCAUUCUAGUUUUUGAAUCAAAAUAUCAUGCAAUCCCAAGUCAAAUGCCUUACAGAAGUAAUUACAUCAACAUAAUUACCCUUAUCAACUAAGCUUGUAGUCUCAUCAAAAAAAGAUAUCAAGUUAGUUUGCCAGGAUCUGUUUUCCAUAAACCCAUGCUGAUUUGCGUGAAUUAUAUUACCCUCCUUUAAUUCUUUAUUAAUCAGAUCAACUGUAUCAGCCACUCCAAUUUUUUGACUGGUACUGAUGUCAGUCUUUCAAUUGCCUAGAUCAUUCCAUUUAUUUGUUUUAAAUAUUGGCACAACAGUAGCUUUCUUCCAGUCUUCUGGAACUUCCUGAGUGUUCCAAAACUUUUUGAAAAUCAACAUUUAUGGUCCUGAGAACGCCCCAGACAGUUCUUUUAAAACUCUUGCAUGCAAGGUAUCUGGACCUGCUGAUUUAAACCUGUCUAAUUUUGAUAUCUUCUGUUUAGCAUCCUCCUAAGGUGCUAAUAGAAUGGAAAGUGUUAUUUUAUUAUAUGACUACAUCUGUUUUUUCCCAAAUACAAAACAGAAAUAUUUAUUGAACACUUCUGUCUUUUCUGCAUUGUUCUUGAUAAUUCUAUCAUCUACACCUUGUGUUCUUCUUUCUGGAUCAGUAUGAAAACAAUGAACUAUUAUUAUUCUUUAGUGCUGACAACAUUCUUGGUGCUGUACAGUGCACAAAAGUUUAGAUAGUCCCUGCUUUCAAGAGUUUACGGUCUAGAAUGGUGGUUCUAGAUUAUCUCCCUCGCAUGGUGUGUCUGAGAAAAUGCCAACUUUCAGAUAAGAUUUAAAGCUAAGGGGUGAAAUCUUACUCCUGUUUAAGUGAGUGGCAAAACUCCCAUUGACUUCAGUGUGUCCAGGAUUUCACUCAAGGGCCUGACCACUAGUGGGAAUAAAGGAUUCCAUCGCACUGUCCAUGAGAGUGCAGGUAACUCCAGGGUCUUUGCCCAAAUUCCAGCUAGUGCAAAUACAUUCUGUCCUCCCAAAAUUCAUCCCCCAGUACUCAGGCUAGAGCUGAUCCAAAAAAUAAAAGGAGAAAAUGCUGAAAUUUUUUUAAAUGCUCCCCCUAUAAAGAAAAUCAAAACCAAACAUUCACAUAAUUUCAGCCAGCUUCUAUGACUGGCUGAAAAGCAGGGAACAUUUUUCAUGACCAUUCUGUUGAAAAGUUUAUCAAUUAUUUUUUUUUAAAUUGUCAAAAUUCAGAAAGUUCUGACCAGCACUAAUGAGUAGGGUACAGAAUCCUUCACUUCUCUCCCUAGCCUGCUGUGUAGCAUUACUGUACACUGAUAAACAACUACCACCUUUCACACCAGAGCUGGGGAAGUGAUGCCUUUUAAAUCCCACACAUUGUGAGAUCUGUGGAUUGAAAUUGCUAGAGGUAUUAUGAAUAAAAUAGUCUUAUAAAUCAAUUUCAGAAAGGGCUUUUUCUUGUUCCUGAAAUGCCUUAUUGAUCUUAAAGUGUACCCUUUUCUCUCUUGUACUUGAAUAACUACUCUCUCUAACAGCUAAUAAGAAAAAGGAAAACUAGUGGAACAGAGUCCUUUCCCCUCUUCUCGUUUUAUCUUCCUCAGAUCAAUCCCUGGAUUGGUUCAAAGAAGAAAGGCCUGUGUUUGAUUAAACCCAGACUGAGUUGAGUAAACAGCUGGGAAACUCUUUUGGACUUUCUCACUUGCAGGGCAGACAGUUUGCAAUCAGCCUGACUUUGUCCCUGCAGCUGCUCCAACAAGAAAAUCAGCAAGAAGAGUUUGUUUUUAGGAGACCACAACAGACCAUUUUGGCCAAACAUCUCAUUUGUUUUUGUAUUUGCCAAAGUGAGAAAGCAAAGUGAGGAAAAUGGCACAGUUGAAGGGGGACUGUAAAACAUUAGUGACUGCAAGCUUUGGGAAAGAUAACCAGGCUGUUUGGAGAUACAGAUCUCUGAGACAACAGUGGCUUUUAUUCUGAAGAACAGGAUUUCCAAUACAUGCCAGGAUUUGGUAAUGAAUGUGUCUCUGAAGAUCCACGCUGCCCUGGAGCUUUACCAGAAGGACAGAAUAACCCUCAGGUCUGCCCAUACGGUCUGUAUGCAGAACAGCUCUCGGGCUCUGCCUUCACCUGCCCCAGGUCCACCAAUAAGAGAAGCUGGCUGUAUAGAAUUCUACCCUCUGUCUGUCACAAGCCCUUUAAACCCAUGGAUCAGGGCCACCUGACACACAACUGGGAUGAAGCGGAAGCUGACCCCAACCAGCUGAGAUGGAAGCCUUUUGAGAUCCCCAGAGCCUCUGAAAAAAAGCUGGACUUUGUGAGCGGUUUGCACACAUUGUGUGGAGCUGGGGAGCCCAAGUCACGGAAUGGGAUUGCCAUCCACAUCUUCACCUGUAACACCUCUAUGAUUAAUAGGUGCUUUUACAAUUCAGAUGGAGACUUCCUGAUUGUGCCACAGCAAGGGAAGCUGCUCAUCACCACCGAGUUUGGCAAAUUGCUGGUGGAGCCCAAUGAGAUCUGUGUCAUUCAGCAAGGGAUGCGUUUCAGUGUGGAGGUGUUUGGAGAAACCAGGGGCUACGUCCUGGAGGUGUAUGGCGCGCAUUUCGAGCUACCUGACCUGGGACCCAUCGGGGCCAAUGGUCUGGCUAACCCACGAGAUUUCUUAGUGCCAGUUGCCUGGUAUGAAGAUUGCCAAGUAGCAGGUGGCUACACAGUGAUCAGCAAGUACCAGGGCAAGUUGUUUUCAGCCCAACAGGAUUUCUCCCCAUUCAAUGUGGUGGCCUGGCAUGGGAACUACACACCAUACAAAUACAAUCUGGAUAACUUUAUGGUCAUCAAUUCUGUUGCUUUUGACCAUGCGGACCCAUCUAUUUUCACUGUCUUGACAGCCAAGUCAACCCGACCUGGAGUGGCACUUGCUGACUUUGUCAUCUUCCCACCCCGAUGGGGGGUGGCUAACAACACCUUCCGGCCACCUUAUUACCACAGGAACUGUAUGAGCGAGUUCAUGGGGCUGAUCCAAGGGCGCUAUGAAGCGAAGGAAGAAGGGUUCCAGCCAGGAGGGGGCAGCCUGCACAGCAUGAUGACACCCCAUGGGCCAGACGCUGAGUGUUUUGAGAAGGCAAGCAAAGCCAGGCUAGCGCCCGAGAGAGUUGCGGAAGGGACCAUGGCCUUCAUGUUCGAGUCCUCCUUCAGCAUGGCUGUUACCACGUGGGGCCUCAAGACCUCCAACUGUCUAGAUAAGACCUACUACAAGUGCUGGGAACUGCUGAAAAGCCAUUUUAAUCCUAGCUGCAAGUAAACAAAAGUGAACUGCUUGUGCGCGCUCAGACCUGUCACUCUGAUGGGAAACAAUCAAUGAUACCUACAGGGGCAAGGGCUGGCAAAGGAGCAAGCAUCUGUCAGUGCAGCGAGCGCCAUUGCACUGCAGCCAUUCCAACAGUGAUUGAUUAAAUGAAUUACUCUUGCAAA